AUGAAUUCAGACUGCAAGAUAUCUUGCUAAAAAAACAAAAUCCUUCGCUACAAUCACUCACACAGAUAACUUAUUUUAGUCCUCUAUGGACCCAUAGAACUUCCAUGUAAAUGAAAAUGGCGCGCCCAUCUUCUUCUUCUCUCAUUCUCCUCUUCCUCAUUUCGAGCCUGCUUCUCCAUCUCUCAUCCGCCAAAACUCUCAAACGCGACGUUAAAGCCUUGAAUGAAAUCAAGGCCUCGCUGGGUUGGAGAGUGGUGUAUGCUUGGAUCGGCGAUGACCCCUGCGGUGAUGGAGAUCUGAAGCCUUGGUCCGGCGUCACCUGCACCACCGAGGGCGACUACAGAGUUGUCACUGAAUUGGAAGUUUAUGCAGUGUCGAUUGUGGGGCCGUUUCCUGUUGCUGUUACCAAUUUGUUGGAUCUUACGAGGCUGGAUCUGCAUAAUAACAAGCUGACUGGGCCAAUCCCGCCGGAAAUCGGACGGCUCAAGCAUCUUAAAAUACUAAAUUUGAGGUGGAAUAAACUACAAGAUGUCCUUCCUCCUGAAAUUGGUGAACUAAAGAGUCUGACACAUCUGUAUCUUAGCUUCAACAAUUUCAAAGGGGAAAUCCCAAAGGAGCUUGCAAAUCUCCCAGAGCUUAGGUAUCUACACUUGCACGAAAAUCGUUUUUCAGGCCAUAUUCCACCAGAGUUGGGCACAUUAAAGAAUCUUCGGCAUCUAGAUGUUGGUAACAAUCAUUUGGUGGGGACUCUAAGGGAACUCAUACGCAAUGAGGGUUGCUUUCCAGCCCUGAGGAACCUUUAUCUGAAUAAUAAUUACUUAACGGGAGGGGUUCCUGCACAGACAGCAGAACUGACCAACCUGGAGAUCUUGCAUCUGUCCUACAACAAAAUGAGUGGGGUAAUACCGUCUGAAGUUGCCCAAAUCCCUCGAUUAACUUAUUUGUACUUGGAUCACAAUCAAUUUACAGGAAAAAUUGCUAAUACUUUUUAUAAACAUCCAUUCUUGAAGGAAAUGUAUGUUGAAGGAAAUGCAUUCAAAUCAGGAGUAAAACCAAUAGGUGUCCAUAAAGUCCUAGAACUUUCUUUUGACACGGAGUUCCUAGUUUAGUCAAAAUACCAUAUAUUUACUUUCUUUUCUCAUAUCAUGGUUAUACUUACAUUAUUACAUUAUAGGGCUUGAUCUAAUUCUUUUUGAAAAAUAUAAGUUUUUUCCUUGUAGAAUCAUCCUGUUCAAGGACCAUCUCUUUAAGCAUAACAUUGAUGUUUUCUUGUUGCUUAAAUUGUAAAUAGCUUUAAUAUGGAAUCCAACAUGGCCAAAAGGUGACGGCAAAAGAUAACACUACCAGUAUCUACUUUCCCAGUUAUAGAAAGUGAACACAGAUUUGUUUUUUUUUUUUCAAAUAAGUGCAACAAUGAGAAUCAGAAGACAUGAUGCUAACCAAGUUGACUGGACUAGCACAUCUACUUCUGGCUUCAAAACCUAGUCAGCAGCUUUAUUAGCAUUCUAGCUAUCAAUUUCAAAAUAACCAUUUACUGUUGGGAUUCAAUCCAUUUGCAAUUCAUACAGUGCCUGUUCUUCACCCAAGAGCUGAGUCUGCAUCUACUACUUCACAGCAGUCUUCUCUGAUCUUCUCUGUAGUGGCACAGCAAUAGUGAC